AUGAGGAUGCAUAGAGCUGUUCGGGCUGCGGCCUCGGCAGAGGCAUCCUUUGGAGUCUUCAAAACCUGCGCUGCAAGACCUAGAUUCAUGUGCUUAAAUGCACCAAGUCGGGUCUUGCUUGCUGGUUCAUCCCCAGCAAUGGUCGCAAGAGGGAAGGGCGCCCAGAGACACUUCUCAGAGUCGAGGAGUACACUGGCUGCUGCAGCAGAGGCCGUACUCAAGCAGGCAGCUGCCGAUCCUUCAGCUUUAACUCAGGAUGAUAUCAUAGGCAAACUGGAUAACGUUGAAAAGGAAAGGCUGCGAAAACUCAGAAACAUUGGCAUCGCAGCACACAUUGAUAGUGGCAAGACGACGGUAACAGAGCGAGUUCUUUUCUACACCGGUCGAAUCAAGGCGAUACACGAAGUUAGGGGUAAAGAUUCUGUCGGAGCCAAGAUGGAUUCCAUGGACCUUGAAAGAGAAAAGGGAAUCACAAUUCAAUCUGCGGCCACGUUCUGUGACUGGGUGAAGAAGGAGGAUGGCAAGGACGAGAAAUAUCAUAUCAAUCUCAUCGAUACCCCUGGACAUAUUGAUUUUACGAUUGAGGUCGAAAGAGCUCUACGUGUUCUGGACGGUGCAGUCAUGAUUCUCUGCGCCGUGAGCGGAGUUCAGAGUCAAACCAUCACUGUGGAUAGACAGAUGCGACGGUACAAUAUCCCCCGUAUUAGUUUCGUCAAUAAAAUGGAUCGAAUGGGCGCGAAUCCCUUCAAAGCAGUCGAUCAAAUCAAUCAGAAACUUCGUAUGCCCGCCGCCGCCAUCCAGGUUCCAAUCGGCACGGAGGAUAGCUUCAUAGGUGUUGUGGAUCUGAUCAACAUGAGGGCUAUUUAUACGGAAGGUUCAAGAGGAGAGAUUAUUAGGGUUUCCGACGAGGUACCAGAGAGCGUCCAAGCAUUGGCGAAAGAAAGACGGGCUAUGCUGAUUGAGACUUUGGCGGAUGUCGAUGACGAUAUCGCGGAAAUUUACUUGGAUGAGAAGACGCCAAGCCCCGAGCAGAUAAAGGCUGCAAUCCGAAGAGCGACUAUUGCGCGCAAGUUCUCCCCAGUGUUGAUGGGAAGCGCUUUGGGAGACAAAUGUGUUCAACCCAUGUUGGAUGCUGUUUGUGAUUAUCUUCCAAACCCCAUUGAAGUCGAAAAUCUCGCUCUUGACAAGCGAAGAGAGGAAGCACCAGUUAAGCUUGUUUCGUACAACUCCCUACCUUUCAUCGGUCUGGCUUUUAAGCUUGAAGAGAGCAACUACGGACAGUUGACCUACAUCCGAGUUUACCAAGGGUCGUUGAAGAAAGGAAUGAAUGUUUUCAAUGCGAGAACAGAUAAAAGGGUCAAGGUGCCUCGAAUUGUGCGAAUGCACUCCAACGAAAUGGAAGAAGUCCCUGAAAUCGGAGCUGGCGAAAUUUGUGCCGUGUUUGGAGUUGACUGCGCAUCCGGAGACACUUUCACUGAUGGCAAUCUCCCCUAUUCCAUGUCCUCCAUGUUUGUGCCGGAUCCCGUCAUAUCUUUGUCGAUCAAGCCUAAGAAAAGUUUGGAUUCCGGGAAUUUCAGCAAGGCGAUGGCUCGUUUCCAACGUGAAGACCCCACAUUCCGAGUACAUGUCGACGCCGAAAGUCAAGAGACGAUUAUCUCUGGAAUGGGAGAACUCCAUCUCGACAUCUAUGUAGAGCGCAUGCGAAGAGAGUACAAAGUCGAAGUCGAGACUGGCAAACCACAAGUUGCUUACCGGGAAACUAUCACCCAAGGCGUGAAGUUCGAUCAUACGCUUAAGAAACAGACUGGAGGAGCAGGUGAUUUCGCUCGUGUUGUGGGCUACAUGGAUCCUAUUGAGCCUGGCCCAAACGGCUAUCUCCCAUCAAAGUUCCGCGAAGAAGUCACUGGUGGCUCCAUUUCAGAAAAGUACUUGUUUGCUUGCGAGAAGGGUUUCCUGGCAUCCUGCGAAAAAGGACCACUCAUUGGACAUCCCGUGCUUGGCACAACCAUGGUCAUCAACGAUGGAGCUACUCAUAUGACUGAUUCGUCGGAAAUGUCGUUCAAAAACGCAACUCAGCAAGCAUUCCGCAAGGCUUUCAAGGAAGCCAAGCCUCAAGUUUUGGAGCCAAUGAUGAAAACGACGAUCACUGCGCCGAACGAGUUCCAAGGAAACAUUGUUGGGUUGUUGAAUAAGAGAAAUGCGAUCAUCAAUGACACCGAGAUUGGACCUGAAGACUUCACCCUCCUGGCCGAUUGUAGUUUAAAUGCUAUGUUUGGCUUCAGCUCCCAGCUCAGAGCUGCGACACAGGGCAAGGGAGAAUUCGGCAUGGAGUUUAGCCACUACAACCCAGCUCCUGGCCAGCUACAGAAGGAGUUGAUUGCAGCACAUGACAAGGCGCAGGCGGAUAGAAACAAGAAGUAG